AUGGCUCCUAAUGCAAAAUAUCGACGACACGAGCGGCUGGUCCAGCACCUACUCUAUAACACCUGCGAGGAGGAUGGCGUCACUCCGGCAGUCGGACGGCGGCCAAUUUUACCGGAACUGACGGACGACCCUCCGAGAGCGACUUCUGGAUCAGUGAGAGCAGCGAUUCCGCGAGAUGUCCCGGUUGCGGACGAGACGGAAGAUAAGGAUAGUGCCGACGCUGAAGUCAAUAAGUGGCUUGAUUCACAGAUCAAGUCGGUCAGCCGGUGGCGGCGGCUGCUGUCCCUGCUCCGCCGCCAGUCGGCGCUGCUGUCGCCGACAGCUCGCUCCCAGCUGCAGCUGUCCGCUUCAGAGGAGCUGCUCGUGCAGCGCGCCCUACAAACGGAGGCCGCUGAGGAUGCCGAGGCUGAGGAAGCACGCCGCACCGCCCGCCGUCAGCUGAUGCUUCAGGUGUGGGAGCGCGAGGCUGAGCACCGCCACCACGCGCAGGGCCCUCCGAGCCGCCGGUGCUCCGAGCCCGAGACGCGUCACACGCCAGGUAACAGGCCCGAUAGUAGAUUUGUGGUCCGGGAGCGUUCGGAGAACGAGUGGACGGCCGAGUGGGACUGGGCAGAGACGGAGCGACGCUCGCGCGCUCGGACCACCCAGGUGACCCGCUCCGAGGUCAGCGUGACGUCAGAGGUCAGCGUGACCUCGCAGAGCAGCGUGACCUCGGAGAGCGGUCAGGUCACCGCGCAGGGAUCGGCGGUCGAGGAGAAAAUGGAUAUUCAGCAGCACGAGCAACAAGAGCAGGAUCAACAGCAAGGACAAGAACAGGAAAAACAGACGAAACAGCUUGAAAACCAAGAGAAGCAGCAGCAGACACCGGACGAAACGGGUCAGCAGGUGAAAGCGUUCUUCGCUGCUGAUCGCUAG